AUGACUGUCAUACAACCUGGCACGUUAAACAAUGUGACUGUCAUACAACCUGGCAUGUUAAACAAUGUGACUGUCAUACAACCUGGCACGUUAAACAAUGUGACUGUCAUACAACCUUGCACGUUAAACAAUGUGACUGUCAUACAACCUGGCACGUUAAACAAUGUGACUGUCAUACAACCUGGCACGUUAAACAAUGUGACUGUCAUACAACCUGGCACGUUAAACACUGUGACUGUCAUACAACCUGGCACGUUAAACACUGUGACUGUCAUACAACCUGGCACGUUAAACACUGUGACUGUCAUACAACCUGGCACGUUAAACAAUGUGACUGUCAUACAACCUGGCACGUUAAACAAUGUGACUGUCAUACAACCUGGCACGUUAAACAAUGUGACUGUCAUACAACCUGGCACGUUAAACAAUGUGACUGUCAUACAACCUGGCACGUUAAACAAUGUGACUGUCAUACAACCUGGCACGUUAAACAAUGUGACUGUCAUACAACCUGGCACGUUAAACACUGUGACUGUCAUACAACCUGGCAUGUUAAACACUGUGACUGUCAUACAACCUGACACGUUAAACACUGUGACUGUCAUACAACCUGGCACGUUAAACAAUGUGACUGUCAUACAACCUGGCACGUUAAACAAUGUGACUGUCAUACAACCUGGCACGUUAAACACUGUGACUGUCAUACAACCUGACACGUUAAACACUGUGACUGUCAUACAACCUGACACGUUAAACAAUGUGACUGUCAUACAACCUGACACGUUAAACAAUGUGACUGUCAUACAACCUGGCACGUUAAACACUGUGACUGUCAUACAACCUGGCACGUUAAACACUGUGACUGUCAUACAACCUGGCACGUUAAACAAUGUGACUGUCAUACAACCUGACACGUUAAACACUGUGACUGUCAUACAACCUGGCACGUUAAACACUGUGACUGUCAUACAACCUGGCACGUUAAACACUGUGACUGUCAUACAACCUGGCACGUUAAACACUGUGACUGUCAUACAACCUGGCACGUUAAACACUGUGACUGUCAUACAACCUUGCACGUUAAACACAGUGACUGUCAUACAACCUUGCACGUUAAACACAGUGACUGUCAUACAACCUGGCACGUUAAACACAGUGACUGUCAUACAACCUGGCACGUUAAACACAGUGACUGUCAUACAACCUGGCACGUUAAACACAGUGACUGUCAUACAACCUGGCACGUUAAACAAUGUGACUGUCAUACAACCUGGCACGUUAAACAAUGUGACUGUCAUACAACCUGGCACGUUAAACAAUGUGACUGUCAUACAACCUGGCACGUUAAACAAUGUGACUGUCAUACAACCUGGCACGUUAAACAAUGUGACUGUCAUACAACCUGGCACGUUAAACAAUGUGACUGUCAUACAACCUGGCACGUUAAACAAUGUGACUGUCAUACAACCUGGCACGUUAAACAAUGUGACUGUCAUACAACCUGGCACGUUAAACACUGUGACUGUCAUACAACCUGGCACGUUAAACACUGUGACUGUCAUACAACCUGGCACGUUAAACACUGUGACUGUCAUACAACCUGGCACGUUAAACACUGUGACUGUCAUACAACCUGGCACGUUAAACACUGUGACUGUCAUACAACCUGGCACGUUAAACACUGUGACUGUCAUACAACCUGGCACGUUAAACACUGUGACUGUCAUACAACCUGGCACGUUAAACACUGUGACUGUCAUACAACCUGGCACGUUAAACACUGUGACUGUCAUACAACCUGGCACGUUAAACACUGUGACUGUCAUACAACCUGGCACGUUAAACAAUUUGAUACAACCUGGCACGUUAAACAAUGUGACUGUCAUACAACCUGGCACGUUAAACAAUGUGACUGUCAUACAACCUGGCACGUUAAACAAUUUGACUGUCAUACAACCUGGCACGUUAAACAAUGUGACUGUCAUACAACCUGGCACGUUAAACAAUGUGACUGUCAUACAACCUGGCACGUUAAACAAUGUGACUGUCAUACAACCUUGCACGUUAAACAAUGUGACUGUCAUACAACCUGGCACGUUAAACACUGUGACUGUCAUACAACCUGGCACGUUAAACAAUGUGACUGUCAUACAACCUGGCACGUUAAACAAUGUGACUGUCAUACAACCUGGCACGUUAAACAAUGUGACUGUCAUACAACCUGGCACGUUAAACAAUGUGACUGUCAUACAACCUGGCACGUUAAACAAUGUGACUGUCAUACAACCUGGCACGUUAAACAAUAUGACUGUCAUACAACCUGGCACGUUAAAGAAUCAGACUAACUCGAGUUACGUUCUGUCUAUGUUCAAUGCUCCACAACCUAGCAAUGACUGA